AUGUCCGUCCGAAAGCGCGGUGAAGCACCCACGGCCAAUGGCAAACCCAAUGGCACUACAACCUACCACCUCGAGGCGAGCGACGCAAAGACCGACCAUACCCGCUGGCGACUACGCGACGACGACGGCCGACAUACGUGGCACUACCUCCAAACCGACGAAGAGUUGAAGCAAUGGCCCAUGACAGUGGCGGACCGCUAUUUCCUCGGCAUGGACCCGGGCCUCCCCCAACUCCCCACCCCCCGCACCCCCCUCCAAGCAAGCGAAAACGGCCUCGCAUUCUACACCCGCCUCCAACUUCCCCCCGGCAACUGGGCCUGCGAAUACGGCGGUCCCAUGUUCCUCCUCCCCGGCCUCAUCGUCACGCUCUACGUCACAGACCACCGCCUCUCCCGGCCCGAGGAAAUCGAAAUCGUGCGCUACAUCUUCUCCAUGCAGAACCUCGGCGCCAAGAACGGGGGCGAUGGCGGAUGGGGCCUGCAUGUGGAGGGGGAUAGUUCGGUUUUUGGGACCGCGAUGAACUAUACCGCUCUUCGACUCUUAGGCGUGGAAGCGGAGGAUGAAAGGAUGCGGAAGGCGAGGGGGUGUUUGCUGGGGUUGGGCGGGGCGCUGGCGGCGCCGCAUUGGGGAAAAUUCUGGUUGAGCGUGCUGGGGGUCAUGGAGUGGGAGAUUGUGAACCCCGUCCCGCCGGAAUUGUGGCUGCUGCCGGAUUGGGUGCCGAUUGCGCCGUGGAGGUGGUGGAUCCACAUGCGGAUGGUGUUUCUGCCGAUGAGCUAUGCGUGGAGUAAGAAGUGGGUUUAUCCCCACGCGGAGACGGAUGCGGUGGUAAGGGGACUAAGGCAGGAGUUGUUCACGCUGCCGUAUGAGGAGGUCAGGUGGGGGAGGUAUCGGAACGCGAUUAGUGGGCGAGAUAACUAUCAUCCCAAGUCGUGGGUGUUGAAUUUGGUGAAUUGGUUUCUGGUGCUGGUGUGGAUUCCGUUUCUGAGGAUGGGGUGGUUGGUGCAGAGGGCGGAGAAGUGGACGUGGCGCUUGAUUCAGAUGGAGGAUGAGAAUUCGGAUUAUGCGGAUCUGGCGCCGGUGAAUAAUCCGAUGAACAUGCUGUGUUGUUGUAUUGCCGAAGGACCGGAGGCGUAUUCGGUGAAGAGGCAUCGGGAAAGGAUACGGGAGUUCUUGUUCAUGUCCAAGGGCGGGAUGAUGAUGAACGGCACCAAUGGUGUGCAAGUCUGGGACACUGCUUUCACCAUUCAAGCACUCGUUGGCGCUGGGCUGGCCACGAAACCGGAGUAUCACGAGAUGCUGCUCAAAGCACUCCAAUUCCUGGAGAGCCAGCAGUUUGUCGACCACUGCGUCGGCUACACCACUUCACCCACCUACUCCGACCCACCGACCUCCAAGACCUCCCCCGAAACCGGCUACCGCUCCCCCAGAAGAGGCGGCUGGGGCUUCAGCAACCGCGACCAGGGCUACGUCGUCUCCGACUGCGUGUCCGAAGCCAUCAAAGCCAUCCUCAUGCUGCAGACGCUCAAAGACCCCGCGAACCCUUCGCGACCGCUCUUCCCGGAAGUGCUGUCGCUGGAACGGCAGAAAUGGGCCAUCGAUAUCAUCCUCAGCUUGCAAAACACCAACGGCGGCGUGGCAUCAUACGAAACGCGCCGCGGAGGCGAGUGGCUCGAGUAUCUCAAUGCGGCGGAAGUCUUCGGACGUAUCAUGGUCGAGUACGAUUACCCCGAAUGCACUACCGCGUGCGUGACUGCGCUGUCGCUGUUCCACUCCCUCAACCCCAACUACCGAGCCAAGGAUAUCGAGAACUUUCAGAAGAGAGCUGUGCAAUGGAUCCGCACCAACCAGCGCGCGGACGGGAGCUGGUACGGCAGCUGGGGCAUCUGCUUCACGUACGCGGGCAUGUUCGCUCUCGAAUCGUUGAAAACGCAAGGAGAGACGUACGAGAAUAGCGAGCGGGUGAGGAGAGCCUGCCAGUUCUUCCUGGACAAGCAGGCGGAGGAUGGAGGAUGGGGGGAGAGUUACCGCAGUUGCGAGACCGGGGUGUGGUGUCCGCAUCCGGAGGGCAGUCAGGUGGUGAAUACGGCGUGGGUGGUUAUUGGGUUGCUUGAAGCGCAUUUCCCGUAUAAAGAGCCGCUGGAGAGGGCGGUGCGGUUGUUGAUGGGAAGGCAGCAGGGGAAUGGCGAGUGGUUGCAGGAAGGGAUUGAGGGGGUGUUUAAUAAGAGUUGCAUGAUCUCGUAUCCGAACUACAAGUUCAUCUUCCCGGUCAAGGCGCUGGGGAUGUUUGAGAGGCGGUUUGGGGGGUUGGAGAUGAAUGGGAGUGUUAUGAAUGAAAAGAGAACGAGCAAGAAGGAGGAGAUGAAUGGUACUACCUAG